UUAGAGUGACAGUGGCGAAUUGCACAUCAGAGAUGAUGAAGCCAGAGAGUGUGUCGCUGCAUCCUCUGGGCGCAGCUGCUGCAUCCUCUGCUGCCCCUGUGCCAGAGAUGCUGUGUAUCUUCGGGACGGGGGAUUUAGGACGCUCUCUGGGUUUGCGUCUGCUCCAGUCUGGCUACAGGGUGGUGUACGGAAGCCGCAGACCUCACAGCUGUGGACCCUUGCCUCAGGGAGCUCAGGUGAUGAGCCACGAAACAGCAGCCCAAUCAGCCAGUCUGAUCUUUAUUUGUGUGCACAGAGAACAUUAUGGAUUCCUCGAGACAAUGGCACCUGAUCUUGCAGGAAAGGUGCUGGUGGAUCUUAGUAACAACCUGAAGAAAGGCAUGUACCCAGAGCCCAAUGCCGCCUACCUGCAGAGAUUGGUCCCUGGAGCUUCUGUGGUAAAAGGCCUUAACACGCUGUCUGCCUGGGCCCUGCAGAAUGGACUUCUGGCAGGAAAACAGGUGUACCUGUGUGGGAACAGUGCAGAAGCAAAGCGGGCAGUAGCAGAGAUGGCCACCAAGCUGGGCCUCACUGUUCUGGAUAAAGGGUCUCUGUCAGCGGCCGGAGAGCUGGAGGACUUCCCUCUACAGCUGUUCCCAGAGUGGAGGCUGCCUCUUAGCGUGGCUGUCGGUCUCACCGCUUUCUUCUACUUCUACUUACUUAUAAGGGAUGUCAUCUACGGAUAUGUUGAACAAGACAAAGACAUCUCCUACAGAAUCAUGGUGUCCCUGGGCAACAAGGUGUUUCCCAUUGUGUCUCUAAUCAUGUUGUCUCUGUGUUACCUGCCUGGUGUCAUAGCUGCUUUCCUUCAGCUCUACAGAGGAACCAAGUACAGUCGCUUCCCUGAUUGGCUGGACCGUUGGAUGCUCUGCAGGAAGCAGAUGGGUCUGAUUGCACUGGGAUUUGCUUUUCUCCAUGCCAUCUAUACCUUCAUCACUCCUACUCGCUAUUCUGUCAGACACAAACUCAUCACACUUGUGGUGGAUGAGAUGAAGAACAAUAAAACCACUCCAUUUUACUUUGAUAACACAGAGGCAUGGGGCCAAGACUCAUUCUAUGUGCUAGGAAUCCUGGGCUUCUUCCUUUAUGUCCUGCUAGGACUAACAUCUCUGCCCUCUGUGGGAGGAUCUCUCAGCUGGAGAGAGUUCAGCUUCAUUCAGUCUAAGCUGGGACAUCUGACCCUGUUCAUAUGCACAGCACAUGGCUACAUUUACGGCUGGAACAAAUUUCUUCGUCUCUCCACUUACAAAUGGUACACUCCUCCAGGCUACAUGCUCUGUUUGAUUGUGCCUUCUGUGGUUCUGGUACUCAAAGCGCUGGUCAUCCUCCCCUGCGUGGAUCGAACCCUAACGCGCAUUCGACAAGGCUGGGAGAGGAACCAGCCGAGGGAGGAGAUGGGUAAGGUCACCAACCUGUGAACUGUAAUCUCUGAAGCCGUAGGAGUCGCUGAUAUUUCUGAAUUUUACUCAGUAAUUAUUUUGAGAGUAAAACAAAUCUUGUGCACUUUGAAGAGAAUUCAAGGUUCAAAGGAUCAUAAGUUCAAAAAAAAGUCAAAUUGUAUGUAUGUAUUGAUUUACUAUAUUCCAUGUUUAGAUUUUGCAAAGAAAAUAAGCUAUUAUUUUUGCAAAAAUCCAAACAAAAAGAUUUGGUUUGCAGGAUGAGUAAUACUUCUCAUUUUAUUAAUGCUCAUUUGGUGUGUGAUUGUGUCCUUUGAUCAGUCAGCACUACCUACUCCCAAUUAUGCAAUAGCCAAACACAACAAAAUACUUGACUUCAUUUCACCCAAAUGGAAAGGUCUCUGUGGAUAUAAAUGUGUUUAAUGUCUAUUUACUUUGAGCUUUGAUUUCAUGUUUGUGCUGUAUUUUUUUGUUUUCAUUGUUUUGAUAAACAAAGACAACCGUUUCCUCUUACCUCUUUCCACUCUGUUCAAGUUGUGUGAUUGUAUCCCUGAGGUUUUCUCUUUUCAGGAUGUUAUUGAUCUCCCUUUUUACCAACACAAAUACCUCUCUGCCCAAAACUGCCUGCCACUUAAGGGCAUGCAAACAUUACUAUUGUAGCACACUAACACAUUAUGCUUAGAGAUGCACACAAACAUUGUAAAGGAGAGUAAGCUAAAGCUAAUCAUAUUACCACAUACAGAGUAAACACUCAUGCACACACAAAUGUAAACCAGUGCCAACACCUGAAAGUACCACAUAUUUGGAAGACAAAAGUAACCCGAGGAGGAAAAACAGGUAUUACUAAAAAGAUAUUUAAUAAACCAGUAAAGAACAUUACAGAGAUUUUGGUGUAACCAAUAAAGGCGCAUGGGUUUAUGCAAGAGACUUGAUCAUGAGCAGAAGUGAUAAAGAGCCAUGAUUGCUGUUGGUGCAGAAUGGCAGGUUUGGAACAACAAGAUAUCUUAGUAUGUAAAGCACUAAUCAGAUGAUGGAGAUGCAGUGGAGGCAAGGGAGGAGGAUGGAGCAGCUGUCUCCAUGACAGAGUCUGGUGCGACAAGAGAAAUAUGCUGCGUGUGUUUUGCCCAAAGCAGAACAUUUAGUGAAAGGCCUCCUGUUAUCUAGCAUCUAACAGCAUUAUCUGAACACACAAUCUGCAAUCUCUUACACCCUCUCGCUUUGUAUCAUCCUCCUAUUACCAAAGAACUGCUGUUGAUCUUAGUCUGGAUUUCAUUUCCUUUUGUGUGUGUGUGUGUGUGUGUGUGUGUGUGUGUGUGUGUGUGUGUGUGUGUGUGUGUGUGUGUGUGUGUGUGUGUGUGUGUGUGUGUGUGUGUGUGUGUGUGUGUGUGUGUGCUGAUGAAUAAAUAAGAUAGAGCAUUUUAACAUCGCCCGAGGAGAGAAUUAAGAUGUAGCAACAUACAGAAAACUUGUGAAACAACCUUGCUUUUUACUCGUGUUUGAUUAAACACCACUGGGUGACCUGGAUACCCAUAGUUUCGUGCUGUGAUACCAAAGUAUGGACAUAGCUUGAGUGUUUGCACAUUAGCUUGGCACCAACAUGAUCUUGACACUAAAUUAGUUGAAUUGUUUGUCGUAGUUCUGUAAAGUUGUAAGACAUUACUGUAUAUUGUAUAAUAUUUUAUUUAUAAUUAUUUUAUUGUGAAGUUUGUGAAGA